AUGAAAUAUGAACAGAAGUUACUGCUGGGAACCAUUUUGGUGGCCACCACAGCGCCGUUGGGUUUGCUGUGGCUGGUUUCGAACGAUGACGGCAUGACGUUGGAACUCUUAUCGGCUGCCAAAAAGUACACUCAGAUUGGGCUGGAUGAAACGCAGAGAGGAACCCUCGAUUGGAAUCCACGGCUCUUUGAAACCUCGGGACAAAAAUGGGAUGAUUUGAUUUCUACAGGCAAAAGCUGUCUCUGGAAAGAAGAAGAAAGCAUCCACACGAAUCAGGAAUCCGGUGGUGGGAUCCAACAAGAAAAAAAAGGCGGUUGGCAGUGUCAAGAUUGCGGUACUACAGAACGAGACAAAUGUGUGCCACUCGAACCAAGAGGAAUUUGUAAGCUUUUCAACCUUUUGAAUUGGGAUGCCAGCAGGCAUCGUAAAACGGCACAUUUUCGAACCGAAGCCUUUGAUCACGCCACUGGAUGGGUGACCACUCAUGCCACACAUCCCACCAACUAUGAACAGGCCCCGUGUACGUCGGAUUUGGCGUUGCCCUGUUUUGACCUGUCACGCUGCCCCAAGGAUCAACCCAUGAAGGUGUACGUUUACACUUCGGAAAAGAAUGGUCAUUUGACAGAAACUGUAGAUUUGGCAUCGAAAAAACUGCCAGGAGAUAUAGAAUGGACCACCAAGCACGAGGAAGCGUGUCUUUUUGUGGUGUCAGAAUUGGCAUUUGAGACCAAAGAAGAAAUGCUCAACAACCCACAGUAUAUGGCUGGUCAAAACCAUUUUAUCUGGAAUUCGGGUGUCUUCUUUGGAGCUCAUGGCGAUAGGCCUCAUCCGCACCACUUCAAUUUUGAGUUUGCUGCCUUGGCGGCGGGAGGGUUUACGGAUGCUCACUUUCGUCCCGGAUACGACAUGAGUCUGCAAUUGCCACAAGUCUGGAAGCGACCCAAAGAAACGACCCACUUGGAUUUGCAUCGUCCCAGGCGACUGCUACUAAGCUUCAAAGGAGUUGUGGAUAGCUAUGAUGCCAAGCACACGAUUCCAUUUCAACACCACCGAUGGUUGGCAUUGGAGUAUUGGGAUACAGGUCCCGAUAUUUUUGUGGAUGUGAGGUGUCCAUACGACAAUGUCGACUAUCAUCAUGCCAAGGAUCAGUCUGACGCUACAUCAUCCUAUGGAGAGUUGCUCUUGAAUUCCACCUUUGCAUUUGCUCCUGGUGGUGGUGGAGCCAGCAGUUUUCGCUUCCAGGAAGCUCUAGCAGCGGAUUCAAUCCCCGUUGUGGUUUCCUAUGUUGUACUGCCGUACUCACCUGAAAUUGAUUGGUCUGGGUGCGUCGUCAAGGUCUCCGAGGCCCGUAUCGCGGAUCUCCCUCAAAUUUUGCGAAACAUGCCAGAAUCAGAGAUUAUGGCACGAAGAGACCGGUGUCGGGUUCUCUACCGUGGACUCAUUGGAAGGGAACAAGACGACAAAACUGGAGACUGGGACAUGGCAUCGCACGCGGGGCAUGCCUUUUUGUUUGCCUUGAAGAUUUGGCGGCAACGAAUUCUCAAGGCUCAUUUGUUGCAAGAAUUGGUGGGGGAGCUGGAUACUAUGGUGGUUCAUACCGCGCUGCAUGAGAGCGAGUUCAAAACCAAUGAACAUUUUUAUUGA